AUGUCAAGAUCAUCAGCUCAAAUACCGGUCAUCGACAUCUCAUCCUCAAACCCAGAUGCUGCGACACAGCUCCUCAACGCCGCAGCCAACAAUGGCUUCGUGUUUGUCGAGAACAAUGCAGCCGUGGGAAUGCCUCCUGCCAAAGUAGAGCACAUGUUUGAUUUGCAAUUCUUCCAAGGUCCGGUUGAGAAUAAGCAAGAAUGUCCUACACAGAACAAUAGAGGAUGGGUUUCUAUGCAGCAAGAAACGCUCGAUCCUGGCAAUCAGAAGNNAGCCUUCAACCUCGGUGAAUUCAACGGCAACAAGCCAAACCAACCACUCCCCAACCCCUUCUCUACACAAGUAGACACCGUAGCAGACUUCAGCCGCUCUUGCCAUGCUCUCUGCAAUAAGAUCCUUCAACUCUUUGCCGAAGCCUUGGAGAUUCCAUCAGACUGGUUCAGCUCUCGCCACGAUCAAUCCAAGGGACCAUCAGGAAGUAUAAUGCGUCUCCUCUAUUAUCCCUCUGUCGCAGACACUUUAGCUCCAGGUGAAGACGACAUUCGCGCAGGUGUAAGUUCUUUUCCUCACCCUUCUUGUCUCAACUUUUCGCUGACAGAACGCAACAGNGCUCACAGUGACUACGGCACUUUAACCCUCCUCUUCCAACUCCCAGGUCAACCAGGACUCGAAAUCAAAACUCCCUCUGGCGAGUGGGAAAGCGUGCCAGUGGACCCCCAUGGCACUUUACUCAGCGACCCUUCAAAGCCUUUGCCCAUCUUGAUAAACAUUGGCGAUUUGCUAGCUUAUUGGACAAAUGGUUUGUUGAAAAGUACAGUACAUAGGGUCAUCUUCCCAAAGGAUGCUAGACGGGGUGGUGAAGAUAGGCAUUCGAUGGCGUAUUUCUGCCACCCCCUAGAUGAGGCUGAACUUGUUCCCGUACCGAGCAAGCUUGUUGAGAAUUACGAGGGCGAUGUUGAAGGAGUGAAGAAAGGAGGAAAAACGAUGACGGCAAAAGACCACUUGCUUGAGCGUCUGGCAGCGACAUAUGGAACGAAAGCUUAA